CAAAUAUUAGCAGGGUAUAUUCCCUAACUUCCUCACAAAACGAGCUUUUGUCCUCUAGUGGUGAGCAAAAGUACAAAACUGAUGUACACCUCAGACUUUGACAACCACACAAAACGAUCUUAUCCACCAUCUGCCAGAAACUAAUCAGAGAAUCAGAGUCUUUACUUUGACUGAGAUCAGACAUCGAUCAUGUGCACGUUGGAGAAGCGAGGAAACAUCUUCAUACUGACGCUAAUGGGCCCGGGCGAGCACAGGCUCAACCCAACACUAAUCGACGAGAUCCGAUCUGCUCUCGGCCGGGUCCGGGCCGAGUCAACCACCUCGUCGGCCCUGAUCACCACCGCGGAGGGUAAGUUCUUCUCCAACGGCUUCGACCUCCAAUGGCUCGAAUCCUCUCCCGACCGACAGGCCCGGACCCACCAAAUGGUAUCGAAAUUCCGAUCGCUGAUAGCCGACCUAAUCUCGCUUCCGAUGCCGACGAUCGCCGCCGUCACCGGCCACGCCUCCGCCGCCGGGAUAGGCCUGGCCUUGUGUUACGACUACGUUCUGAUGAGGAAGGACAGGGGGUUUCUGUACAUGAGCGAGCUCGACAUCGGGAUACGGAUCCCGGCUUGGUUCGUGGCUAUAAUCAGGUGCAAGGUUGGCUUGCCGGCGACUCGCCGGCUCCUGCUGCUGGCGGCGGGGAAGUUGACGGCCACGGAGGCGGUAGAGAAGGGGAUUGUGGAAUCGGAGCACGUUGGCGCGGAGGCGACGGUUGAGGCGGCGGUUGGGCUGGCGGAGAAGCUGGUGGCAAAGAAGUGGGACGGAGAGGUGUAUGCUCAGAUAAGGAUGGAGUUGUUCUCUGAGAUUCUGGGUGAGAUUCGCGCCAACAGUACUGGGUCUAGGCUGUGAAUUUAUUGGGCUGGGCAGAAUUUGGGUUUACUACAAUAUGGGGAUUAAGUGUCUGUGCAAUGCGGGUUUCCUUUCCCUUGAAAUUGUCACAUGAAACAGCAAAAGAAAAAAAAAAAACAAUUUACAUGGCAAUAUUACAAGAUUUGUAAGAUUUCAGUUGAAAUAUAGUAUUUUUUUUAAAAAUAUUUCGAGAACAAUAAAAUUGUGUAAU